CCCAUCCAGCCAGCCAUCCAGCCAGCCAUCCAGCCAGCCAUCCAGCCAGCCUGGCCAGGGAAGGGUAGUGAUGACGGUGACGUACUCGCGGAGGGUUGCUGACGCGGGGCUAGGGACCUUCUCUCAUCUGCUCCUCCGAUGGAAGGGGAGCAUCUACAAGCUGCUGUGGAGAGAACUGAUCAUCUUCACCACACUGUACUACUCCUUCAGCAUCAUAUACAGGUUUGUGUUGAAUGAGGGUCAGAAGAGGCUGUUUGAGAAGCUGGCCAUCUACUGUGACCGUUACGCAGAACUCAUCCCUGUGUCCUUCGUAUUGGGUUUUUAUGUGACCCUGGUGGUGUCUCGGUGGUGGGGUCAGUUUGAGAGUGUUCCCUGGCCGGACCGGUUGGGUGCGCUGGUGGGCGCUCACAUCCGUGGUACCGAUGAGAUCGCCAGGCUGACCCGCCGCACCCUGAUGCGGUACGCCAACCUUUCCGGCGUGCUCAUCUACCGAUCGGUCAGCACGGCAGUCUACAAGAGGUUCCCCACCAUGAAGCACCUGGUGCAGGCAGGCCUGAUGACAGCAGAGGAACAUAGGCAGUUGGAGGAGUUGCCCUCACCUCAUAACAAGUUCUGGGUUCCUUGUAUGUGGUUUGUUAACCUGGCACUGAGGGCCCGCACCGAGGGACGCAUCAACAAUGAUGUGGCGCUGUCAGCCAUUCUCAAUGAAUUAAAUACAUUGCGGACACAGUGUAUGAAGCUAUACAGUUAUGAUUGGAUCAGCCUACCCCUUGUGUACACCCAGGUGGUGACAGUGGCGGUCUACAGUUUCUUCCUGGCGUGUCUGAUUGGUCGACAGUUCUUAGACCCCGCCCAGGGCUACGCUGGUCAUGACAUCGACUUCUACCUGCCUGUCUUCACCCUGCUACAGUUCUUCUUCUAUGUGGGCUGGCUCAAGGUGGCAGAACAACUGAUAAACCCAUUUGGGGAAGACGACGAUGACUUUGAAACCAACUAUCUGGUUGAUCGUAAUCUACAGGUGUCCCUGCUGUCUGUGGAUGAGAUGUACGACACUAUCCCAUUGGUAGAGAGGGAUAAGUACUGGAACGAAUCAGAGCCCCAGCCUCCAUACACUGCAGCCAGCGCGGAGCAUCGCAAACCUUCCUUCAUGGGAUCUGCUCUGGACAUCAGUGUUCCCAAAGAGGAGAUGGAGUUCCAGUCCAACCUGGAGCAGAUCAAGGAGCAUGAGGAGGCCAACCACUCUACUCCUCUCCUGGGGGGUCUGAGUCGCCUCCUGGGGGUUCAGUCCCCCGUCUUCCCCCGCUCCUCCACCUCCUCCCGGGUUUCUCUCCUGCGCCGGCGCCCAGGGGCUCCAUUCAGCCGCUUCCCCCUCUUCCUGCACUCCGAGGGGGACCCCUCAACGCCGAGCCACGGCCCUGGUCCCCGCCACGACUCCAGCCACCCGGACUACGCCUUCUCCUCCAUGCCGCUGUAUGAGAGGUCCGGCUUCUAUAGCUGUCCCCAGACCCCCAUCCACUGUGUUCCCCCCGCUAUGCCUCGUCCACGGCCCACCCGAGGAACUUACGCCUGGGAUCGCAGCUCCAGCUCGCUGGCUCCUCCGAUGGUUGGCUCUGGAGGUCUGCUGCCCCCUGAUACUCCAGGUCAUAUGCUCCAUCCACCCUCCUCUGCCUUCCCCUGGCUGAGUGAGGAGGGAGAGGGUCCUUGUGUUCCAGCCUUCUCCUUUCCUGACCCUGGCAACCUUCCGGAACUCUGCCCCAUAUCAAAGCUCCGGCCCGGGCAAGGCCUGCUGUCUCGACGGCCUCCGCCUCCACGCCUCUCUCUGGAUAACACACCGUUGGCCGAGGGCCUGCAGCCUGGACCCAUCAGCCCACGGGGAGUGGGAGGUGGAGGGGAGCGGGUGUUCUCCUUUACCUCUCCCUCUCGUACCCCAGCUACCAAUCCCAACAACUCCUCCUCUAGUAUCAAUGCCACCAGCACUAUCAACACCACCAACCCUAACACCACUACUCCAGCCAACGUCUUGAGUGGUACUAACACCACUUCUACAACAAACUUCUGCAAUGGUACCAACUCCAACACCACUACUACGUCUAACGUCUGCAAUGGUACCAACCCCAACACCUUUUGUAACCAUGCCAACUUCAACAGCACAAGAGCAGCAGGUAUCAACAGUGGAACCAAUGGUGGUCUAAGCAACAACGUCGUGAACACCAUUUCCAUUUCUGGAUCCUCUCAGCAAGAAGCCAAUCAGCAUCAAAACUCGCCAAAUGAUUCAGGGAUUUCAUUGGCUGAGGGGGGCCCUCACUGGCUGGGAGCUCUGAACAAGGCCCCUGGGGGGCGGGAGCAGGACUGAAGAAGGAGGGAGAUGAUUGGACAAGGCCCCUGGGGGAUGGGAGCAGACUCAGGGUUCAGAAGUAGUGUAAACCUACGCCGUACGCACAUCUUUCUUUCAGACUGGAGUGUUCCAGCACUUCUGACCAGUGGUAGUCUUUCUAGGCCAUCCAUCUGACCAGUGGUAGUCUUUCUAGGCCAUCCAUCUGACCAGUGGUAGUCUUGCGAAGUCUGGAUGUCCAAGGCUAGACCAGCGUAGAGGCUGCUUCUGAAAUGUUUAUUGGAAUCCCACAGAGUGGAGAGGUUGCUAAUAUGACAUUUCUUCUUCAUGCUAUUCCAGCUAGUAAACCAGUACGAAAUCUACUGAAGAAAGACUCCUUUGUUUGCUGAAUCUCACGAGGCCUACGGACUGGAGGCCUACGGACUGGAGGCCUACGGACUGGAGGCCUACGGACUGGAGGCCUACGUACUGGAGGCCUACGGACUGGAGGCCUACGGACUGGAGGCCUACGGACUGGAGGCCUACGGACUGGAGGCCUACGUACUGGAGGCCUACGUACUGGAGUCCUACGGACUGGAGGCCUACGGACUGGAGGCCUACGGACUGGAGGCCUACGUACUGGAGGCCUACGGACUGGAGGCCUACGGACUGGAGGCCUACGGACUGGAGGCCUACGGACUGGAGGCCUACUUGAACUCCUGAAGAAUCUCUAUAUCAAUCAUCAACCCCUUUUAGAAAAGAUUGACUGAUAACAUUCUGGUAAGAGGUGCUAAGUACCUCAGCCGUCAAUAUCUCUGGUGUGUUUCUGCUAGGGUUGCCAGAUUCCGGUAAUUAUUAUUUACAUUGUCAGAAAUCCCAGUUGGAGGAUUCCUGGAUUUCCUGAUUUCCUUAUUCUCUCCUGAUUCCAGGAUUCUUCCAACCAGGAUUUCUGGAUUUCCUGCUUAUUCUCUCCUGAUUCCAGGAUUCUUCCAACCAGGAUUUCUGGAUUUCCUGCUUAUUAUCUCCUGAUUCCAGGAUUCUUCCAGCCAGGAUAUCUGGAAAAUUGUAUUUGUCACGUGCACCAAAUACAACAGACUUUUCCGUGAAAUGCUUACUGACGAGCCUUUAACCAACAAUGCAGUUUAAAAAAAAGUAAGUAUGAACAAUUUGCUCAGUAAACUAAAGGAAAAAUAGUAACACAAUAAAAUAACAUUAACGAGGCUACAUACUAGGGGUACCCGUACUGAUGUGCAGGUAUACGGGGUAGUCGAGGUAAUUGAGGAGGAUACACUGCAUUCGGAAUGUAUUCAGAUCCCUUGACUUUUUCCACAUUUUGUUACGUUAAA